ACCUGCACCACGGCACCAGCCUGUUCGUGGGCAGCGAGCGCGAGUGGUACGAGCAGCACGUGCGGGAGGUGCUGGGUGCGCCGGCGCGGGGGCCGGGGGUGGGGCCGCCGGAGUGGGAGGCGUUCAGCCAGCAGCUGCAGCUGGAGGCGAGGUGCAGGAACAUCGCGUUGGAGAGCUACCGGCAGGAGUACGAGAAGCUGCUGGAGCGGCAGCAGGCGUCCAUGGCGCGACCCGCCCGUCGGCUGGUGGCGCGCUGGGUGCCGCAGCUGGCGGAGGCGAUCGAGGUGCAGAACAAGCAUUUCCUCACCCUAAACGUGGACUCCCGCUCCGCCGUUGCCACGCGCGGCCCCAAGGCGCUCAAGGGCUCCAAGGAGCGAUUCGCGGACAUGGUGACGGCGCAGCACAUCGGCAAGCUCACCGCGCCCCCACAGCUGACCAGCGAACCCGGCAGUACGGCAACUGUGCCAAGUACGGCAACAGUGCCAAGUACGGCAACAGUGCCAAGUACGGCAACAGUGCCAAGUACGGCAACAGGCAGUGCCCAGGCAGCGGCUUCAGCAAGGGCGGGAGCAGCAGGUGCAGGUCCGGAAGCAGCCCCCGGAGCAGCACCAGCAUCAGCGGCAGGGGAAGGGG